UAUAAUGGGAGAUCACAGAACAAGAAGCCAGAGAGGAGGACUCCUGUCUCCGGCUCAUCAUGUGUCAGCUGGCCUCCUGCUGUCUGCUUUUGAUCGGAUUCUUAAACCCUUUCUUAUGUCUUCCUAUCACUGACUCCAGGGAAGUGUCCCUCCAGCUCUCAGCACCCAGGGAAGAUGCAAGGUUGACUCGCAUGGCGCCGGGGAGCGGCUCCCUCCUGCAGGUGCUGCUGGAGAUGCUUGGCGCCGAGAGAGAGGAUGGCCUUAGGAAUGCAGAUCCCAGUACCAACAUUUUUAACCCAAGAGGAAAUCUGAGGAAGUUUCAGGAUUUCUCUGGACAAGACCCUACUAUUUUAUUGAGUCAUCUUUUGGCCAGAACCAGGAAAGAAUACAAGAAACGUGGGACUCCCUCCGAAUGCUUCUGGAAAUACUGUGUCUGAAGUGAAGUCAAAGUCAGUUAGUUAACUCAAAUACCUAUACCUUAGAAAACUAAAAAUAAAAAUGCUUGGUUUCAAAGAAUGAAAAACUAGGCAAACUAUACCCUGUUCCUUAUUAUUUGAAAAAUAAAUCCUCUGUUUUGCAAAUACCAUGAGUGAUUAUUUUUCCUAUACAUUAUCCUGAAAACUAAUUAAAUUUUUUCCUUCAAUUUAUCCUUAAAUAAUUCUUUGAAAAUUUAGAAGUAAAAUUAAUAAACAGAAGCAAAUACUAAGGAAGUUGUAAUAGUUGAAAUUAAACUACAAACCAUUUACAAAUAAACUGUAUUAUUUUAGCUUAUGAGGUCCUCUUGAAAAUGAUGUUAUUGCUUUCUUAUAAUAACAGGUUUUUUUAACUUAGGAUCUUAGCUUGGAAAUAUCUGAGUGAAUGAUGCCUGAAGACAGCGCUGGGAAUAGACUUAAUUCUCUUCAGUAUCUGAGGAGACGUUCAUGUGCUCAGGUUCUUUUUUAGAUGACCAAUGUAGUGAACACGUGAAAACUUUAACCUUGUAAUACUGAAAUUUAUUUGAUCUUGGUUUCUGUAAACUCCAGGAUUAUAAUCCAUUUACGCUAGGGGGACAGACCUUUGCGUUUCUUAUACAAAGCUGAAAUGAGAUUUAAGAUUAUAGAAAAAUGAGCCUCGUUGAUUAAUUUUUAAACCACGUGUGUGUCAAUACGGAUUUUUGUUCCAUUCCUACACCUCUGUUGUCUGUGUAGAAGGGACAGGGUGAACUCCCGGAGCUCUGAGCAGCACCGAGGACACACGUGUCUCUGAGAACCAAAGUCAGAGCCAGGUGUGAUGUAUCAGUAGACGUCACGCACUUCUUGUAGAGCCCAGGUCUGAUAAAGUUCACUUCACAGUAUGAAGAACAAACCUACAGGGAAAAAGGUUUUUCAGCUGGAAGACCGAGCUACAUAAUCUCAGCUGUGAUAAAAUGGUGGUCUCUCAGGGUCAAGAUUAAACUAGUAACUGUUCUCGGAAACAGAACUAUGGCACCACAAAACUAUUUUAUAUUUUUAAUACCAAACACAGUUUAAAAAUGGACUUCUGGCUUGGCGCCCAUAAAACAGUAGUUAUGGCAUCAGCCACGUACACCAAAGCUGGCAGGUUUGAACCCCGCCCAGUCCAGCUAAGACAACAAUGACAAGUGCAACAAAAAGUACCCGGGCGGGCGUUGUGAUGGGCCUGUAGUCCCAGCUACUUGGGAGGCCGAGGCAAGAGAAUCACUUAAGCCCAAGAGUUGGAGGUUGCUGUGAGCUGUGAUGCCACGGCACUCUACCAAGGCGAUAUAAUGGGACUCUGUCUCAAAAAAAAAAAAAAAAAGAAA